UCUCUCUCUCUCUCUCUCUCUCUCUCUGUCUUCUCUCCAUCGGCAUUUGUGAACCUGUGAGCAAAGAUCAAUCGAAAACGACGCCAUCGAUAGCCUCCUUUUCGUCCAUUCCGAUCUGUCCUCUCUCAUUCAUCAGGAGAAAGAUGCAGCUCUUGGAAAUGGGGGUCUGGGAAGGCUUGCUUCUUGCUUUCUAGAUUCUAUGCCAACAUUAAAUUUGCCUGCAUGGGGGUAUGGUUUGAGGUACAGAUAUAGGUUGUUCAAGCAGCGGUUUGGCAAACCAAGAAGAAAUUGUCGAAGACUGGCUUGAGAAGUUUAGCCAUUGGGAAGUUGUCAGACAUGACAUUGUGUUCCCUGUCAGAUUUUUUGGUCAAGUUGAAGUACAUCCCUCUGGAUCGCGGAAAUGGGUUGGUGGGGAGGUUGCACAAGCUCUAGCAUAUGAUGUUCCUAUUCCAGGAUACAAAACCAAGAACACUAUUAAUCUUCAUCUGUGGGAAGCCAAAGCUGGUGCUAAAGACUUCAACCUCUUUCAAUUUAAUGAUGGACAAUAUGAAUCGGCUGCACAGCUCCAUUCUAGAGCUCAGCAGUGAUCUGGAAAUGUGCCUUUGCAAAUUUGUGAUGUUCUAUAUCCUGGGGAUGCCACAGAAAAUUGAAAGCUUUUGCGAUUGAAGCAACAAUUUUUCCUGUGCAGUGCAUCACUUCAGGACAUGAUUGUCAGAUUUAAGGAGAGAAAAGAUGGAAAGAGCUCGUGGCAGUGGUCUAAAUUUCCCAAUAAGGUUGCGUUACAGCUGAAUGAUACGCAUUCUACUCUUGCAAUUCCAGAGCUAAUGCGAUUACUAAUGGAUGAUGACGGACUUGGAUGGGAUGAAGCUUGGGAUGUGACAACAAGGACAAUUGCUUAUACAAAUCAUACUGUCCUUCCUGAGGCACUGGAGAAAUGUUCGCAAGCUGUUAUGUGGAAACUUCUUCCUCACCAUAUGGAAAUCAUUGAAGAAAUCGACAAGAGGUUUAUAGCAAUGAUACGUUCAAAAAAUCCAGAACUUGAAAGUAAGCUUUCCAGCAUGCGCGUUAUGGAUAAAAAUCCCCAAAAACUAGUUGUGCGGAUGGCAAAUUUAUGCGUGGUGUCUUCACAUACGGUGAAUGGUGUUGCCCAGUUGCAUAGUGACAUUUUAAAGUCUGAGUUAUUUGCAGAUUAUGUCUCUAUAUGGCCUAAGAAGUUCCAGAAUAAAACCAAUGACUUCCAAGCUGAGUGGGAAUCAGCCAAGAUGGAUGACAAGCAGCGAUUAGCUCAGUUCAUAUUUCAAGUGACAGGUGUAAGCAUUGACCCAAAUAGCCUCUUUGACUCACAGUUCAAGUGGAUCCAUGAAUAUAAAAGACAGCUGCUAAAUAUUCUGGGUGCGAUCUAUAGGUACAAGAAGUUAAAAGGUACAAGAAGUUAAAGAUUGGAUUGGGAUGGAAUUUUUGACGUGCAACAAUGAUGUAAUUUGCUUGAAUGUUCAUUUUGUUUGAUAACGAUACAUAUACUUUGUGGAGUUGCACUAGUUAUUGUUAGAUGUUUGGUGGAAUUGUAUAAGUUAUAACUUUUGGAUAUUUUGUGGAUAUUGAACUAUUUUAUUGUAUUAGGAUGAAAUUAUUUAUAAUGAUGAAUGGAUAUUUUCAUUUUGUUAA